CAGUCUCUAGUUGUGCAAAGCUAGUAGAGGCAUAUCUCAGAUGUACCUUUGAAGCACUUUAAUGUAAUUAAAAGGCAUGCACCCUUGUCCUUCCAAUUUACUAUUAUUCGCUACUUUGACAAUACAUUAAUGCUUGUGCCCGAAACGUGAUAAAAUGUAAGCCAAUAAACCAAACUCAUGCCCCAGAAUGAUAGACAUUCAUUUGACUAACAUGCAAUUCGGAAGCUCUCAUCUGUUGACAAACUGUGCAGCUGCUGGAUGUCCCUGAGAAAGACAGAUGCACCGAAGUGACCAGGAGAAACUCAGACUCGUCACGUGUUGUCUUCCUCCCCGAGUCCAUCGCCGCACAUCCCGAGACGGCGAAUCACGGCAUGCCGCGCCGUGCGAGCGCGCACCGAGUCCGGCGGUGCUUGGGAUUGGGUGGAGGGAGGGAGUGGUGGCGGAGGACGGAGUCACGGGAUUGGUAGAGUUCAGCGCCAAACUUGUUGACUCAUAACUAGGCUGCUCUUCUCCGUCCAUCUCGACGCGGAGCUGUCCGGGGCCAGUGGUGCUGAAACUGUCGAGCUUUCUGACGCCGCCUCCAGGAGUGAUUGCACAUCCCUCUGUUUCAGGUUCAAGCCUUUGCCAAAGUUACGCUCCUUUUUUUCACUUGCAUGAAGACCCAAGACGUCUGAUUUGAGCGCCGCUUGGAAGAAAUCUCCCCACAACCCCGCCGCUCUCUCCAGGAGCGCACCGAGUCUUUAACGUCAGCCGCUUAAAGCCGAGUACUCCCAGGACCGCAGCCAUGGCUUUCAUGGUGAAACACGUGGUAGGAGGGCAGCUGAAGAACCUGACGGGAGGACUGACGGAGGAAAAACCCGAGGGAGAGAAAUCAGAAGCCGCCGCGCAAGGAAUGACUCAAGAGGAAUUUGAACAAUAUCAGCAACAGUUAGAGGAGGAAAAACAAGAACGAGAAGCUGAAUUUGCCCAGAAGAAAGCAGAGAGGGCCACAGUUAGAACCCAUUUCCGGGAAAAGUACAGAUUACCAAAGAAUGAGCUAGAUGAGACCCAGAUCCAGCAGGCAGGGGAUGAUGUGGUGCUACCUACAGAGCUGGCCAAGAUGAUCGCUGAGGACAACCAAGAGGAAGCUCACAAACAGUCCAUGCUGGGCCAACUGUCCAACAUCCAGAACGUGGACAUCGAUCAGUUGAAGGACAAAGCCCAGGCCACACUGGAAGACCUCAAAAAGCAGACGGAAAACUGCAGUCUCAUGUGAAAUGGGCAAAGCUGUUCCAGAAAUCCGAGUUUUACUUGUGUAGAUAUUUAUCAGAGGGAGAGUUGCUCUGGGUGUAGACAUUUUCUCAUUGCUUAAGUGGAAUGUCAGUAGCAGAGUUGCAUAAUUGUAGUUUUAUGGUACGCAAAAUCAGACUGAAGCCUAAGAGAUAUUUGGCUUACUUUGCAACCAGUUAAAAUCAUUUUAGUCUUAAAUAUUUUGAAUGUCGUUCACAUUUUUACAAAAAAUAAAAAAUCUAAAAAUCUAAAAAUUUUCACUCUGAAAAAACUGAAACAUAACCAGUGAGAUCAUUUCUGCAGGUUUGAGCAAGUUCUCCUCUUGGUAAAUUAGCACAGUGUUUCAGAUCCUUUAUUCCCUAUAUUCCCCUCAUUCUCCUCCGCUCUCUGUACCUCCCGUGGCCAGUGAUAACACCAUGCGAUUCAGCAGCAGAGGCCGUAGCAGUGUGCAUGUGUGCACUUCAUUUCUUUCUUUUUUCUCUCGACAAGGGAAUUUUAAUGACAAUUGUGUGUUUCUUCAAUAAAGUCAGGAAAGAGUCAGGAAAGCUGAAAUCAGCUGCUCACUUGGAACGAGAACACACACCCAAAAGGCUUUUGUCAGGGCAGGCCCAAGGUUGAACUGAGCCCUAAGCAGAAUUUGAUUUAGGAGCUCUUGCUCUUGCAGAUAGACCAUCACCCACCAGCCACUUCAGAACCACCUUUUCCCGUUUGCAUUAUUUAUUAAACUGUAAUUGUUAAAAUUAAAAAGCAUUUAAUUUUGGAUUUUGUUUCAAUGUAACAUGUAUUAAUUAAUUUGUAUUUCUUUCAAAACUGUUUUGGAUAUAAUGAAGUGAAUUCUGAGAUAGCUCCGGGUCAGUUUGACCUUUGAAAGUUGGAUACAAAAUAAAGAAACAAAACUGCAAAAGUGCAAAAUCAUAAAGUAAAGAAAUGACAAGCACCCCCUGUGAUAUAUAUUUUGCGAGAAUUAAAGACUCUUAAGGGGGCCCUGCUGGCCUGGGGGCCCUAAACAGCCUUGGGUCGGCUUUGCUCACUGGCUCACGUUGUGUUGUGUUUGUUCAAGGUCAAAUACAAUCAAAUAAUCUAACGGACACCAUUUAUUUAAAGGGUAAGUUUCCAAGACAUUUGUUUUUAUUUUGCAGCAUUUUUGUGUGCCUUGUUUGUCGAGGUUGUCUUAUUUCAAGCUCCAAGAGAUUUAAUUCUUAAACGGUUAAUUUUCUUUAUUUUUAUUUAGUUUUAAUAAAACCUACAAACAAUUAUUCGCUUGUUUAGGUAGGCAGUGAAGACUUGCCGUGAUGAAUAUUUCACAUAAACAUGUAACUGUGUGCAAAGUUGACCCAGCUUGCCUAACAAUACCAUUGCUAUCUACUAUAUAUAUAUAUAUAUAUAUAUAUAUAUAUAUAUAUAUAUUGUGUGUGUGUGAAUCUGUUUAUAUGCUGCUUUCUGCAAGCUGCUCAGAUUGGUAAACAGGAAAUGCUUUCAGACUUGUAUGCCAAAGCCGUUGUUGAUAAAACUCUGACCAACGCAAAGGAAAUGGCAUGAAUACAUUAGAUCGUUUGGUGUGUGUGUGUGUGUGUGUGUGUGUGUGUGUGUGUGUGUGUGUGUGUGUGUGUGUGUGUGUGUGUAAAUCCAGCUGAGUCUACAUAUAGAUAUUUAUGUUCUAUGUAUAGGUAUGUGCUGUUUGGCUCCAGCACGUUGAUUUUCACCAUUUCCAACAACUCGCUGGGUCUUGUAGUGUUGUCAACUGUCCCAUGACUCUCGCCUCGUCCUCCAUCUCAUCUGCCGUCUCAGUUUUCCUGUUUCGUGCUGGUAGAUGUUGUGUUGUUAAGCCAGUGUGUCGUGUUAAACAGCGUCUUCAUAAAAUGAAAAAAUUGUCCAUUCCUAUAGCUGAGUGUUUGUUGUAACAUAACAGAGCACUCAGUCAGUGUGGGCUUAAAGCGAUGUUCUGCCUGUGAUGUUAGGAGGGGGUUCUAUGUUACAUUGAUGUAAAAUACAUUUUUCUCUGUGUAACCUAAUUUUAGACUUUAACUUUCAUGUCUGUAUGGCAGGGUUUUUGUGUUUUAUGUAAAUGAAGCUGACUACAUUGUGUGACUCCCCAAAAUUAAAUGGGAAUUUUCUUUCUGCAGGUGCCACGCUGUUACCGAAUGAAGGCCGAGGCAAUACAUUUUCAGUGCAAUGGUUAUUUUCUUGUGAUAGAGUAAUAUUAUAUUACUAACAUAUUAAUAAUCUACAAGUUGCAAUGAUUUAUUUUUGAAUAAAGCUACUAGAAUCUGCCAUUUAAGAUUAUAACAUGGUAUCAAUAGUUGGAAGCCAAGCCAUAAAUUACAAACUAUUUGUUUUGUAUAAGUGUGAGUCUUAAAAGUACUGACUCAAUAAUCCUAAUGCACAAAUAUAAAUUGUGUGCUGUUACCCCGUGGAUCAGAUUUUUCAGGAAAUGGCUGCAACAACAGUCUCUUCUUGAUCUUUGGCUGUUUCAUUGUAUGUCUGUAACUGUGAGAGUACUUCAGUGAUGUUCUCUUUUGAGUUCUACCUGCAAUAAACAAAUUUUUAUGAUAA